AUGGCGUUCACAUAUCGCUCCCAGCCUCUGAAGAGCAUAUACUGGGCAGCCUCCAUCAUCAUAAUACUGUUCGCUCGUCUGCCCUUCUGGCUCUUCACGCAUCUGUUACCGGCUCUCCGUCCUCGAUCUUCUUGGGGCUUAGGUCGCUCCAUCGCUAUCCGAACACUCAAGGUGUAUGUCGACAUUCUGUACGCUACCUCACUAGGUCAGAACAGUACAUCGAGUGAAGCCAAGGCAGCAAAAUCGGGUCUGGUGUGGAUUGAGUCAGCUCCUCCGGAGCUGAUUGUGGGCGAAGUGCGCGACAUAGCCUCGACAAACGGAGUGCAUUCUGUAAGGGUGGCCGGUUAUUGGUACGGGCCAAGGGGUGCAGGAGGUCAAGUCGGUCAGAGAGCCUCUCCGGGAGAGAGGAUAAUCUAUCAUUUGCAUGGAGGAGGCCAUGUGAUGAGCUCUGCGCAUCCCUCGGAUAUCGGCACAAGUACCCUUCUCAGCGGAUAUCUGAAACAUUUUCCAAAGAACACUCGUGUUUUUGCGGUGGAGUACCGCUUAUCAACGGCGGAACCGUUUGGCAUAAACAACCCCUUUCCCGCAGCGCUCAUCGAUGCAAUCGGUGGAUAUCGCUACCUCAUUGAGGACGUCGGCGUCGAGCCCGGCAGUGUGGUGCUCAGCGGUGAUUCAGCAGGAGCCAAUAUGGCUGUUGCCUUGGCACGAUACAUUACACAUUCUGCCAUACCCCAGCUGCCACCGUUGGGUGGACUGCUGUUGAUAUCUCCUGCAGUCGACUGGGCGCUCACCCACGCAGGCCCCCAGUCUUCCCUCGAGACGAACGUGCACUCGGACUUCAUCGGCUCUAUUCUCUCGACAGGAUACUCGAAGCGCGCCCUGCUGGGAAAACUUCCCGACGACUUUGCCGCGAAGAGCGCCUGGAUCUCUCCUGCGUCUCUCAAGCUCGACGUCAGCGAGGACAUCUUUGCCAAUCUUCCCAAGACGCUCAUCAUCGCCGGCGGCGCUGAACUGCUACUGGACGUCAUACGUACCUUCAGAGAUCGGAUGAGGGAGAGCCUGGGCGAGGAUGGCGUGACAUACAUCGAGGUGGCCGACGGGACACAUGAUUUGCUGGCGAUCCGAUUUUAUGAGCCGGAGAGGACGGACACUUUGAUUAAGGUCGCACGAUGGUUGGAUCGAUUGAACGCGGGAGAGUAG